AUGACAGAAAUCCAGAAACCAAAGUCUGCAACGACAAUCUUCUUAGACCAGCCACCCAGCUGUCUAGAAUUUUGUCCCGAAAUACCUGAUCACUUUGUUGUGGGCACAUACCUCCUCUCGGAAAUCAAGAAUGAAGAGGAUGAGAUUGAGCAAACAAAAACCGGCAGCGUGCAGCUGUGGAAAUUAGAUCCUAAAACAAACAACCUAUCAUUAGUACAAAAAAUGUCCCUUCCAUAUGCAGUCUUCGAUCUGCACUUUCACCCAAGAGAUAAAAGCAAGUUCGCCAUCGCAAGCAGUACAGGAUGCAUAUCUCUUUUCAAUGUCUCUGUCGCACAACCAGCCAUUCAACAAUUAUGGACGAAACAGGUCCAUGACGAUUCUUCAAUCCCAGCUCUCUUCUUUGCUUGGUCUCCGGAGAACUGGUUCUCUCAAAAGGACGCCGAUGGAUUCGCAGUGACGUUCUCGGAUAGUCGGACGGCUGUCUUCGGGACAACCAAAGAUAUUACCGAUGACAACGCCAUUACUGAAUGGGGUUCUUUCGAUGCGCGGCAAAUGAUUGAAGUUUGGUUCGUUGCACUGGCUGCGAUGCAGGUACCUGGGAAUGAUGAAUCGAAGCCGGAUACGAUUCCACUCAUGUUUACUGGAAAUGAUUUUGGGUCUCUACACACACGUCGAUUCGAGUCUCAUAAUACAAAAGAGGAGGACGGUGAUGAGCCACUCGCAAAUUUACUACUUGAACACGAUGAUCGAGCCCGCCACCAUACUGCUGGAGUCACUUCGAUUCUUCCCUUGCCGGUGCCGUUUGUGGACGAUGCUCCGAUUCUGUUGACUGGUAGCUACGAUGAAGGACUCCGCGUGUAUCAUGCUACUCGACGGGGCGAAGUACUUGCUGAGCAGGGUCUUGGCGGUGGUGUCUGGCGGUUGCAGCUGCUCAACACGAAGGAAUCCGGCUCCGAGCGACAGUUCUUGGUGCUGGCAAGUUGUAUGCAUGCUGGCACGAGGAUUGUGAGGAUCACUCAGCAAGAGCAGGAUCAGACUGCGGAAUGGGAAAUCGACGUGCUGGCCGAGUUUACAGAGCACGAGAGUAUGAACUACGCGAGCGAUGUGUGGAAGGGCUCGACAACAUCUGACUUGCUUUGUGUUUCGAGUAGCUUCUACGAUCGUCGGGUUUGCGUGUGGAGGGUAGUUGUAUAA